GCCAGCGCAGUCGAGGCGGCGCUAAAUUAAAUUAGCAUACUAACUAGCCGUGAGCCGAUGUGGACGGACGGGUGAACGUAGCUUCCUGAAGAAAUACACCUCUUCUAAAGUCAACACACCGCCGAGCCCGGGCUCAUUUUGUAGCGAGCUUGCUGCCGUCCGCCUGCCGAGGAGAUGGGGGACAAGGCGGGCACCAGAGUUUUCAAGAAGUCGAGCCCCAACUGUAAGGUCACGGUUUACCUGGGAAAGCGAGACUUUGUGGAUCACCUGGACCACGUGGACCCAGUAGAUGGAGUGAUCCUCGUCGACCCCGAGUACCUGAAGGACAGGAAAGUCUUCGUCACGCUGACCUGUGCGUUUCGUUAUGGCCGCGAGGACCUGGACGUGCUGGGUCUGUCUUUCAGGAAGGAUCUGUACAUCUCCACCUUCCAGGCCUUCCCUCCGGUGCCUGAGGAGCGGAAACCCAACAGCCGGCUGCAGGAGAGGCUGCUGAAGAAACUCGGCCAGCAUGCGCAUCCCUUCUACUUCACUAUUCCUCAGAACCUCCCCUGUUCAGUCACUUUACAGCCCGGCCCAGAGGACACCGGGAAGGCCUGCGGCGUUGACUUUGAGAUCAGAGCUUUCUGUGCCAAGUCAAUAGAAGAGAAGAUUCACAAGAGGAACUCUGUGCGUCUGGUGAUCAGGAAGGUUCAGUACGCUCCAGAGAAGCCCGGUCCUCAGCCGAUGGUGGAGACGACACGCAGCUUCCUGAUGUCUGACAGAUCUCUACACCUGGAGGCCUCUCUGGACAAGGAGCUGUAUUACCACGGAGAGCCCAUCAGCGUCAACGUUCACGUCACCAACAACUCCACCAAGACCGUCAAGAGAGUCAAGAUCUCCGUGCGUCAGUAUGCAGACAUCUGCCUGUUCAGUACUGCCCAGUAUAAAUGUCCAGUGGCCCAGCAGGAGGCAGAUGACCAGGUGUCGUCCAGCUCCACCUUCUGUAAGGUGUACACUCUGACCCCGACGCUCGACAAGAACAGAGAGAAGAGAGGACUCGCGCUGGACGGCAAGCUCAAACAUGAAGACACCAACCUGGCCUCCUCCACCAUUGUGAAGGACGUCACCAACAAGGAGGUUCUGGGGAUCCUGGUGUCCUACAGAGUCAAAGUCAAGCUGGUGGUUUCACGUGGAGGGCUGCUGCGAGGCAUGUUGAUGAGAGACGUGUCGGUGGAGCUGCCCUUCAUCUUAAUGCAUCCUAAACCCGUGGAGCCGCCGCAGUCCCGCCCGCAGUCAGCCGUGCCGGAGAUGGACCCCCCCAUCGACACCAAUUUGAUAGAAUUCGAAACAAACAGCAUCUCCCAGGACGACGACUUCGUCUUCGAGGACUUCGCCCGCCUGCGACUCAAAGGCGCCGUGGACGACAAGGACGAGGACUGCUAGGAGCUCGCCAACCUUCAUACGCUCGCUUCGAAACCACCUCACACACAGAAACACACACAAACACACACUCUUCACGUUACAUUCCCCCGGCGGAGGGGAUGGAUGAGGGCAUGUCUGGACGGAGGCCUCGCAGGGCGCUCGCUGGUGUUCUUCCUCUCUUGCUUCAGCCAUUUCGUCAUGUCGCCGCCGCCAUUUUUCACCGCCGUCUCUCUCUGUUUGUCUUUUUUUUGCUGAAGAAACUAUAAAUGUUAAGCAGCUGCAGGACAGAUGUUGGCGGCGUGGAUCUGCUGUUUCUUCCUCUGUAGUCAGGACGUUCGGGUGUGUGGGCGGGGCUUGUGAAACACCGCGGCGGUUUGAGGAAACAAAAAAUAAACCCGCGUAGGAAGUUGAAGCUCUUUUACUUUGACCAUCACCGUCUUGUACAAACAAAAUAUAUAUUUGAAACAGAAAAGAGAAAAUAAAAUCUUGUACGAGCGGUCGGGAUGCGUGUUCGGUGGCGAGCGCCGUUGUUUUCUCCAAGUAAACGCUGUAGAUGCUUUGUUUUUUUUUUUACAUCGCGGCUGGCAGCGGAGGAAACGCAGCAGUCUCACACAUCAGGCGGCUGAAGUUGGAUUUCACCAGCAUCUCCCGCUCUCGUCACGCUCCGUCGUCCUUUUUGUAAAAAACAAACAAAAAAAAACAUUCCAGCGUCGACGGAUUUGUUUCCCUUUUUUUAAUUUAAAACAUCUGAAGUCUGUCGCGUCCUCCUGAAGACGUAAAUCUGGUCACACCUCACGCUGUGGUUUUACUUUGGCUGACCCUGGAAGUCCGGAGCGUUUUGUUUUUGCGGGACAUUAUUUUUUAUUCCUGUCGGUUAAAAUAAAUCCUGUACGUGACGUGAGCGGAAUUUAAAAACUAUGUUGUUCUUAUUUUCAACAAAUCCCACGAAAAAGACCAAACGCCAACAACCUGUUUCACAUUUCUGGUGAAAGGUCGUGUCGGUGCAAAGCGAAGUCUUGUUAUAUGUUAGUCUUUUUAAAACAAAGGGAAGUAGUUUGUUAGUGUAACACAGAACAGAGGAAUAAGCUACAUCAGACUUCGACACCGACGCCACUCGUUUGAUCUGUGAGACUAAUCUAGCUCAGCAGGUGAAAUCACUCAUUUAAUUCUUCGUCGUCUUCACUUUGCUAACGAUGUUUCUGUCAGAUGGAGCCUCAGAGCUACAAAGAUGUCGACUUUCCUCCUCUUCUUCUUUUUAAAACGCCGACGCCUUUACGCCUGAGCACAAAUUCGGAUCACGCUGGAAUCGUUUUUUUUUUUUUUUUUUUUUAAAAACUCUCGAGUCGUUUGGAUACAUUUUGAGAUUUGACCUCUGUUCUGAAACGCGGCGUCGCUCGAGUCGUUUCUUGAGUUGAGGUGCUUUAAAACGGACGCUGACCUCGAUCUGGCUCGUUAAAGGGAAACACUGGUGGUUUUUUAUAAUCCUCCUCCCACCAACUGACCCAGACGCUCUUUGAGCCGAUAUCCAUUCUUGAUCUCUCCGUUGCCAACAGGACGGUUUCUUUGCCAACCACUUUGUUGUUUUUGUUGUUGUUGAUUUUUGGGGUUAAAUACAACAGAAUUUGCAGCAUUUUCAUUUCGAUUUGUGACUUUUUGUGUUGCUCAGCAGUAAAUUGUAGAAAAAAGUAACUGCUGCUGUUUGAUCUUUCCAAAGAUUUUUAUAUUGGAGAUGAUUCCCAGGUUUUGUGCAGGACAGCAGACUGUAUUUAAAACAACUUAGUAAAUAAAAACACACUGUCAACCAUCUGAUUUAAAUUACUGUAUAAUAUUCAUAAUUCUUAUCCCAUCAGUUGACCCAAAUGCUUUUUCAGCCAGUGUAUAUAAAAUAAGCACAUUCCUGACCUCAUGACACUGUCUGUUAACUGCCUUCUUUUUUUUCAGUGAAUUUUUUGUGGCUAAAAACAGAAUUUGUGACUUUUUUUAACUUUUAAUCAGCAGUAAAUUACAGAAAUCGUACUCAAAACCAAAUUCUUAGACAUAAUUUCACUGGUUUAAUGUCAAAAUGAGUUUAAUUUCAAAAAGAAGAGUAAACUGUAUUUAAAAUUUUUUUUUUUUUUUUUAAACUGAAAAUAUCAGAAUCAUUUUAAGAUUUUCCUGUAAAAUUCAUAGUUUGUGCCCUGAAUUCUGACUGUCAGGCAGAGUAGCUGUUCACACGUGACCUAAAUAUGGAAUUGGAAAUCCUUCGGUCACGUGACCACAACUUAAACCAUCUCCAUGACAACUGAGCUACUCAAUCCAGCGAAGAAGGCCAUGAGAUGUUUGAAAGCCUCGGAAACGAUGAACAAAUUUUUUACUUGUGACUUAUGAAAAAAAUGUAACUGUUUUUUAGUUUUGUCUGCCUUUUAAUUUAUUCCUGAAACAUUACGCCUUUCCCCCCUAAAAUUACGGUUUGUUUAUUGUCCUUGUUUUAUCCUAAAAUCAUUGGCUUUUAUUCAACUUUUUGUAGAUUUUUUUUAUCACUUGAGAUAUUUCGACUUAAUUCUUAAAAAUCAGAUUUUUUGUUUUCUCAUAUUGGCGCUAAUUCUCUUUAAGCUUGAUACCAUGUGACGUAGAAAUUACCAUGACAAGUUUCCUAAAAUGUUACAACUUUAUUCUCAAUAAUUGAACUUUAUUGCUGCAAUAUCACAACUUUUUUCCCUCAAAAAUACUAUUUUGUAGUCAAUGUUUUUGUCAUAAAAUUAUGACCAAAUUAACAAUCUUAAAUCUUUGAGGUUUAACUUGUAAUGCUGUGAGAUUUAAGUCACAAUAAUAAACCCCGCCCUCCUCCUCAUUUAUGGUCAACGGAUAAACGUAGAAAAGACCACAUUUCCAUAAUAUUAAGACUUCAUUCCUGAAAUUUCACCACUAUAUUCUUAAAAUUUGACUUUAUUUCAGUGCCAUUAACCUUUUUCCUUUGAGGUGUAUCAAACAAAUUAGUACAAAUAACCAGUUCAUCUUGUAAUAUUAUGAUCAAAAUUACUAUUUUGUUGUCAAUGGUUGGCUUUUUAUAUAUAUAUAUAAUUCUGACUUAAAUCAUUGAGAUGAAAUUGUUUGAGAAAACAUUUCAACUUUAGAUUUAAGUCACAGUAACGCCGCCCUCCUCCUCUUAAGGUCAACGCCAUGUGACAAAAUGGCACAAAUAACUUAAGUUACUUUGUGAUUUUAUUUUAUUUUAUUUUUUUCCCUGAAAUUACUGUUUUAUUCUCGAUGUUUGGCCUUUUUUCUCAUAAAAUUGUGACAAUUCGACUUAUAUCUUGAGAUUUAAGUCACAAUAAGUGUUUUUAACUCUAAAAAAAAAAUCAUAUCUCAAUCAUUUAUACUGUUUUGUACGAGGAAAGAAAAGUUAUUCUUGUAACUUUAUGUAUUUAUUCCUGAAAUAUUGCAGUUUUUUCUCAAUGUGUUGCCUUUUUGUUGUAAAAUUCUCAAUUAACAACUUAAAUCUUUGUUGUUUCGAGAACAAAGUUGUGACGCGUGAGAUUCUGUUUUUGCUAUUUUCGGCCGAUUAAUUUCGGUGGCCGAACAUUCGGUUCAUCCUCACUAACCAGUUAACUUUUUCUCAAAACUACUUUUCCUCAAUGUUUAGUCUGUUUUUCUCAUAAAAUUGUGACAAAUGACAAGAAUUUAGCAAUUACGACUUAAAUCUUUGGGAUUUAGUCGUAGUGUUGAGAGAUUUAAGUCUCAAUAAUUAUCCUGUUUUUGAGUUCGAUGCCACGUGACAAACACAAAGUGCCAGGAAAAACUUUCCAGCCACUGAAAUCAGUAAAAUGAUUUAAAAUAAAUCGCACCAGUGUUUCCCUUCACAUCUUCUCCCGACCGACAUCCGUAUUUUAAAAAAUGUUAUUUGCAUUAUUCAAACUCAAAGCUCGGGUGUUAACGCUCCUCUGCUUCCACUCUUUAAGCUGCUUUCCAACAUCCGUCACACGGCAUCGGCGACUUCGAAUUUGUCUCUUUUAAAAGGAAGUUUUGUUUUAUUUUGUCCAGAAAACCUGCACAGAUCAACAUUUCACACGACACACAGGAGCACUGCACUUUCAUCGGACAACACAAACCUGCGCACGUCAUCGUUUCAUUUUUGCUUACAGACGAAGAAGAAUGUUUUGUUUGUUUUUGAAGUCGUGGCCAUUUUUAGAAAUUGUUCGUUGUGUUUUUCGACAAGUUUCGAGUUUCACACAAACCAGCAAACUUUUAUUUUAUUUUACUAAAACUGCCAAAAUUCCUGCACUUCCUCUUUCGCUCAGUCAUUGAAGCUGCGACCCUGAAGAAGAAGAAGAAGAAGAAGCCGACACGGAGCAUGUUUUAAAUUUUUUAUUUAAUUACAUUUUGUUUCUCCUCCAAAGCAGUGCUGUGAAUCGUACGAGCUGUGAUUCUGUCCUUAUUUUGUCGUGCAUAUGUGGGGUAACUCUGCUAAGUGUGAAAAUAUUUGGACAAGUGCCACGCCCUGGCCUGUGCGAUGCUUACCAUAAUGUCUAUAAAACAGGAAGUGAUUUCUGCUGGUGGGACGAACACCAGAAAAGAGAGAAUUAUGAUUAUUAUGCUUCUGAUUAUUAUUAUUAUUAUUAUUAUUAUUAUGGUGACUUAUUAUCACUUCUACUGUAUCAUUGCGACCAUGAUUAUUCUCAUAAUCAUUUAAGAGUCUAUUAUUUUGCCAUGUAUUUUUUAUUUUGAGAUUUUUAUUUUAGGUUUCUUUUUAUUAUUAAAGGCAAAAUGAACUAACA